GAUGGGUCGGGUCGAACUAUCGACCCGUCGAUGCCUCGGAACGGGACAGAGUACAGGACAAGAGCAGAGCAUCGGACUGGCAGACGCGCGUCAGCGAAAAACACUCCGCAAAGCGUUGGAACCAACGCAACACGACGGUGAAAACGUCAAAAUACUGGCCGUGUCGAGCGGCGGAGCCACCAACGGGUGGCCAUCUGGAUCGCCUCGGUCGCUCCGCUGACCGACCUUCUUCCCAUCGUCCGAUCUGCUUCCAAGGAUCUAGAGAUGGACUCGUGAUGCGAGCACGCGACAGAGAAGAACGGACGCGAAGCGAAGGCAGGAAUCGAGAGCCACGAUCACAAUGAGGAUAAGCCUAGCCUCUGUUCCGCCGGAUACGGGAGUCGGAGAGGCGAUCCGGUUCUUCGCCGGUGAAGGCUCAGUGGGGAAUGUCAUGACAUGGUGGGAAGAUGUCGACGGCUCGGUGAAGGGGCAGCGGGAUGUCUUCUACGCGCUCUGCGCUUCCUACGCCCUUGUUAGCCUCGUCGCUCUGAUACAACUAAUAAGGAUUCAGUUGAGAGUACCAGGGACUGGAUGGACGACUCAGAAAGUCUUCCACCUCAUGAAUUUUGUUGUGAGUGGAUUGCGGGCAGUUCUAUUUGGUCUCUACCAAGAUGUGUUUCUUAUCAAAUCUAAGGCUCUUGAAAUGGCACUUCUAGACCUUCCCAGCCUGUUGUUUUUUUCAACUUACACUUUACUCGUGCUGUUUUGGGCAGAGAUAUACUAUCAGGCUAGAAACCUUCCAAUUAAUAACCUUAGACGUUCAUAUCUGAUAAUAAAUGGCGCUGUGUACAUAAUACAGAUCUGCAUUUGGGCAUAUGUACAAAUAAGUCGCAAGCCAGUGUUGAUGGAAGUUGCUAAACUCUUCUUAUCAGUUGUUUCUUUCCUUGCUGCUCUUGCAUUUCUAAUUUACGGUGGAAGGUUAUUCAUUAUGCUGAGACGCUUCCCAAUUGAAUCCAAGGGUCGUCAAAAGAAGUUGAAUGAGGUUGGGUCCGUUACAGCAAUAUGUUGCACAUGUUUCUUGAUAAGAUGCUUUGUGGUUUCUCUUUCUGUGUUUGACCAUGAUGCUGACCUUGAUGUCCUCGAUCAUCCCGUCUUCAACUUCAUCUAUUACAUGUUGGUUGAGAUUUUCCCAUGUGCUCUUGUUCUUUUUAUCCUCCGGAAGCUCCCCCCAAAGCGAUUUUCUGGUGCUUACAAUCCUAUAAACUGAAGCUCCCGCAAGAUUUGUAACGAUUUUGCCGAUCACCCUUAUUACCGCCUCAAUAAUUUGUUGUAAUUUAUUUGUUUGGAAUUAGUCUGACAUGUUCUUCAUCUGUAUUACAAAGCCCUGGUACAGUAUGUUUGCAAAUAAUGGAGUUAUUAAGAGUGAAGGGACGAAGGAACCCUCGCUAUGGUGAAACAUCAAGAGGAUUAGGGUUUUGCUGAUCAGCCCAAAGGGUUACUCCCUCUUAAACUGUUUGCUUAUUUGGUGCUGGUUAUUUUUGAAGUUUUUAUUAUUAUUUUCCCCCAAUGAGGGAUGUUUCUUUUUAUUUUGCUCUUGUUCCCAAGUAGAUGCAAAACUUGUUUUGAUGGAGUAUAUUGUUGUAUUACAGUUUUUCAGACUAUCCUUGGUUCCUAAGAUCAUAUUUACCCUUGCAGCA